AUGUUUCUAACCCCUCGCAAUAUCCGCCACAUGGGCGUCCUACUCGGAGCUCUCGUGCUUCACCCUGAAACGUUUGUCCAUGACCUCCCGGCAUCGACGAACGAGGUGAUGUCUAUCGGGCAGGACACGCCAGCCAUGGAACUUCCUGAUCUCGAGCUGCGCCAAGACGCGCAGGUUCAAGACAUCCCCGAUAUCUUGGCCAAGUUCCCUUCGAGAGACUCUUGA